GACCGCGUCCGCAACCGGAUCCAUCCCAGCCUGCCAGCCUGCGCCCAAUUAGCAACAGCCCAGCUCGCAGUGGCACUCUUCUGGCUUGGCAAAGAGCAGUCCCGUCAGUCAUUCGAGCGCGGCGCAAGGCGGGAGCGGGAAAGGGCCACCCCCCCAUAGACCUAGGACCAUUUGACCCAAAAGCCAUAAAUACCCACGACGUCGACCUCGCCAUCACCUUCUGCCCCCUUCCUCAACCUGCACCAUUCUGUCUACUUGUCCUACUCGCCCUCUCCUGCAUCGCCUGGCCCACCGUCACCCGGCCGUCCCGUCCGUCCAGUUCAUCUCCCGUUUCCUGCGCCUUGAGCAAAGGCCCGGCGUUUCCCCAAAAGGUGUCAAGUCCCCUAAUUCCCAGGCGGACAACCCGACAAAGGUGGUCGCGAGACCGCAAAAAAAUCUACUGUCGGCCACUUUCUAGCGGCGAAAGCACCGACAUCCAGCCCGCAGCACGCUCGUGCAGAUGACUCAACACCCAUCGAUGGCAUGAGGCUUUAGACGUCAAUCGUCUAUUUCGAGGGUGGGACAAACGUUGGGAACGGGCCAGAGCCCUGGAAAUCAUUCAACAUGCCGAUCGGCGACCUCCUUGCCUCCAUCGAGGGGAAGCCCUCUGUGCCCUCGUCGAUAGCACGCGCGAGAGCAGGAAACGGGGUUCCAGCCAAGAGGAAGGCUGAUGACGAUGCCAGACCCUCUGACCAGAAGCAGCCGCGGCUGGCACCUAACGCAAACGGGUCUGCGAGGCCGAACGUCGAUGCACCCAAGGCAUCACGCCCGACCGAACGGCCAUCAUCGGGCUACACGGGAUCUGCAAGACCAUCUACUGCCGCGGCAACCAACAACAACAAGCCCAAGCCAUUGACUGAGAAGCCAGCAUCGGCUGCCUCCAAGAAGCCAUCGUCGACGGCAGGCGCCAAGCCUUCGCCCACCACGCCUACCUUCUCAACCGCCAGCCGGCCGGCAACGUCGACAAACUCGUCGCUCUCGAGACCUGCACCAGUGUCCAAGCCCAUAAGGGAUGGCGCUGCCGCCGGCUCUGCCGCCAAGGCGCCGAAGAAGGGUUCGUAUGCUGAGAUCAAGGCCCGGGCGGCAGCCCAGGCCCAGAAGCUGAAGACGAUUGGCAAGAUACAGCACAGGGCCGUCGAGAAGCAGCCGACCAAGAAGGAGCAGGACCUGGAUGAUGCAAGGCUUGUAAAGAAGGGUGUUCGGCCUGGUUCGAAACCAGUCUCGGCCGCUCCUUCGAGGGACGGGACGCACUCAAACGGCAACGGACUUCCUGAUCGCAGUUCGAAGUGGCCGGGGCAGAAAAGCGUGACGGGAAAGGCUGGCAGCCGAGGGGCAGCCGCAGUAGAGGAACGAAAACCCAAGAAGGCGGCCCUGGCGACCACUGGCUAUUCAGGGUCUGCACGGCCUGCCCCUAGUAAAGCCAAACCCGGCGCUGCAGGCAAUGGACGUGACCGUGCACGCCCACCCAACCCGCUAGGAAUGUUCAGCAGACCGCGUCGGAAGGACGACGAGUACGACGAGGACAUGGACGACUUCAUUGAUGACGACGAGGACGAGCCAGAGGAUGAAGGCUACGGCAGGCAAUACAGAUACGCCGACGAGGACGACGACUCGGACAUGGAGGCCGGCUACUCUGACGUGGAGGACGAAGAGGAGGCGGCGGCGCGCCUGGCCCGGCUCGAGGAUCAGCGCGAGGAGGCCAUCCUGGAACAGCGUCGGCGCGAAAAAGAGGCCCGCAAACGAGCAGCCGCUGGACGCUGACAUGUGUUUGGCGCUGCACACGGUAGAGAUGGCGGGGGUGAUAGAUAUCCCCCCUUUCCUUGGGCGUGGGUCAAGGCGGUGUUUGGGGAUACCACGACGGCAAGGACAAGGGCAUGGCAGCAUAGCGGCAGGCGUUCUCACUUUCUUUUUUGUUUUUGUCUUCUCACUCUGCUUUUGGUGUUAUACAAGCCUGUCCACACUGGGUGUUUUAUGUUUGUGUUUUUAUCUUGCUGUUCUGCCUUGGCCCUGGACCCAGGACACGGCGGUGUAUGGACAGGAGGACAUGGGGAGGGGGUGGCGGCGGCUACUGUGCUUCGGCAGUCAUGCACUCACUCGGUAGAGUAGGUGUUGAUGCGUGUGUGCGAAUGCUAAACUAAACGUUGGACCUGAUG